UAACCCGCGGAACAGGACGACGGAACCAAGCCGUAAGAGGUGUACCGCAGCGGGCUGUCGUGGGGCGAUGGGAACUUGUCGUGGCUCCAUGUGAACUCCGGAGUCCGCUUCUGAGCGAGUCCCACACGCUUCCGCUCGCUCGGCGUUGUGUACCGGUCCGUGGACUCGAUGUUUUCACGCGGAUCUAAGAAGCGGCGCUCGAGCCGCUCGCAGGAGGAAGAGGACCCGGACAGAGGUCAACCCUGCAUGCGCUGUGGAGACGAGUGCCCCGGCUUCCGCGUGCAUGGCUGGAGGAAGAUCUGCGUGCACUGUAAGUGUGUGCGGGAGGAGCACGCCGUGCGCGCCGUGCCCGGCCAGCUGGAGAAGAUGAUGACGAAGCUGGUGUCCGACUUCCAGAGACACUCCAUCUCCGACGACGACUCGGGCUGUGCCUCCGAGGAGUACGCCUGGGUCCCGCCCGGGCUGAAGCCCGAACAGGUGUACCAGUAUUUCAGCUGCAUACCGGAGGACAGGGUGCCGUACGUCAACAGUCCAGGAGAGCGAUACCGCAUCAAACAGCUGCUCCACCAGCUACCCGCCCACGACAGCGAGCCUCGCUACUGCAACUCCCUGGACGAGGAGGAGAAGAAGGAGCUGCGUCUGUUCAGUCAGCAGAGGAAGAGGGAGAACCUGGGCCGAGGAAUCGUCCGACUCUUCCCGGUGACCAUGACGGGAGCCAUCUGCCAGCAGUGUGGCAGACAGAUCUCUGGAGGGGAUAUAGCCGUGUUUGCCAGCCGGGCGGGGCACAGCAGCUGUUGGCAUCCUCAGUGUUUUCAGUGCGCCUCCUGCAGCGAGCUGCUGGUGGAUCUGAUCUACUUCUACCAGGACGGGCAGAUCUACUGCGGGCGGCACCACGCUGAGCGGAUAAAGCCUCGCUGCCAGGCCUGCGACGAGAUCAUUCUAGCAGACGAGUGUACGGAGGCGGAGGGGAGACACUGGCACAUGAAGCACUUCUGCUGUUUCGAGUGUGAGGCGGCUCUGGGCGGCCAGCGUUACAUCAUGAGAGAGAGUCGGCCGUACUGCUGCUCCUGCUACGAGUCGCUCUACGCCGAAUACUGCGACACCUGUGGCGAGCACAUCGGAAUAGACCAGGGCCAGAUGACUUACGAGGGCCAACACUGGCACGCGGCGGAGUCGUGUUUCUGUUGCGCCCGCUGUCGACUUCCGCUGCUGGGGAGACCCUUCCUCCCUCGAGGAGGCCUCAUCUUCUGCUCCAGACCCUGUUCCCUGGGGGAAGAGCCCGACCACUCCGACUCCUGUGACUCGGCUGUUCAGAGCCGGUCCCCCCAGCACUCCCGCUGCCAGACGGCAGGGAAGGUCCAGCAGUCUCAGAGCUGUUCCCCGCAACAGACACCAGGGGGCGCCAAACUGCCCACCUCACCUGCAGAGGACCGUAUCCACGCCGCAACCCAAAACAGAGGAGUCCGCUACACAACUGAGGUCCAAAGUGGAGUCCCAACACUCUCUGGUCACCCUUAUCCCGGAGGCUCCCACCCACCCCUUCCUCAUAUUCAUCUAGAAAACGGAUUAGAGCCACCAUGGCCCGGCGGUUUGUCUCAGUAUGGUUUACAGCAAGGCGACUGUGGUGUCAAACCUCCGGUCAGCAGUCCAGAGAUCAGGGGAGAGCUAAACGGACAUGCCGGUCACCCGCUUACCAGCCUUCAUUCAAGAGGAACUUCGACCGCUAAGGACCACGACAGCCGAAUGGAGAGGAGCAAUCAAGUUCUGCAAGCGUUUCCUUCCCAGAAAAGCUCUGCGUCACAAGCGAACCCGCUCCGCCCGUCCGACUCGGCUCCUCUCCCGCCGAACCUCCCGCCGCCGCUGCCCUCCAAGUCUCGUGAUCUGAUGAGCCUGGAUUCACCCUCGCCAAAUCCCCCCCAACCGGACGACAGACCCCCGAACACUCCACCCACUUUGGUACGCAGUGGGACGGCCAGGGUCAGCUUCAGAGAGCCGAUCAGCUGUAGCUACACGGUCGAGGACGACGAUGAGGAGGAAGAUGACGAAGAGGAGAACGAGGAGGGGCGAGCCGAGGGAGAGGAGGAUCACCCGGAUGAAGAUGAGCCGGAGGGAGGUUUCGGACGCAGGCUACACCUCCAUAAAGGCAUUCCACCUCAGAUGGACCUGCUGGAUGGCUCGUGUUACUACCAGCGUAGCUUGCGGCGAGGCUGGGGUCGUCGCAUGGCGUCGGACUCCGCCCUCCACCUCGGCACGGACGGACACUUCCGACGCUCUCGUGUCGACCGCCCUCGGCUGGACGCCCUGGACUGGAGGGGGGAAAAGGAGAGAGACAGGAGCUCCUCGGCCUCCGCCGGCGGGCCCUCGCUCACCCUCCAACCGGGGCAGUACAAACACGAAGACUCCUGCUCCACCUGCUCCUCAUCCUCAGACUCGGAGGAGGAAGGCUACUUCCUGGGCCAGCCCAUCCCCCUGCCGCCGCAGCUUCGAAGACACUGGCCCGAGGGCGGCAGAGAGAGAGCGAGUGGAGGAGAAGAGGAGGAGAAAGAGAGGGAAUCGGGGAAAGACUGGGGGUUGAGAGGCAGCAUGAGAAAGCGGAGGAGGGCUCACAGCCUCGGGGACAAGGACAAAGACAAAAACUGUGCCAUCUCUUAACCAAGACGACUCCAAGUACACUCACUUAUGUUGUGCGACCGCUCACCAGACUGUGUUGUAUGGCCACAUAGUUGAAUCUGGUACACUCGUAUCCAAAAGUGGACAAUAGCCCUUUUUCUUUUCUUUUUUUUUUUACCAGAAGCACACUUACAAACUUAUAUUAUACAAAAGGUAACAAAAUCUUAAAAAGUCACUACAGCAAUGAGAAGAAAAAUGACGCAGUAUGGUUUUUUUAUUUCCCUUGCGUUUGCACUGUAUACAGCCGCCAUUUUGUGUCGGGCCAUGGAAUAGUUUCACCUCAACAUGGAGCGGAGCGACUACGAAUGACUAGACUCGCUAGCCCUCGGCUAACGGGUCGGGAGACCCGGGUUCGCGCCCCGGCUGCGGCAGUUCCCGGCUGCCCCCCCCCCCCCCCCUCGAAUUCGCUACAAUGUGUCUGAAAGGCGACAUGACUGCUGAAGGUCACUCGCACAACCUCCAUGACGCGGUUUGACUUGUCCAAGUAAACUGGUUUAGUAUGAACACGCUAACGUGGACUAGCAGGAUGGCGGUUACUCCAGUUAUGGGUGAUUCUUCAAUUUGGGGCACU